AGAUUAUUGUAUUGUUUUCUCUAUUUUGGCGCCGUAGAUGCAAUUUAUUGUGACCUUCGUGACACGUAGCACAUACUCAAAUGCCACAGGUCACAUAAGUUUGAAAUAAAUCUGUUAUCUAAGUUCCAGUAAGACCUACUUCACAUCGAAUUCAAAAUAUAAUGUCUCAAAUGAAAUCUGUGGGCUCUGCUGCCCGUCUGGCGGGCUCGCGGCCCUUCAGAGUGUCCAUCGAAGGCAAUAUCGGCUCGGGAAAGUCGACUUGUAUCAAGUUCUUCCAGAAAUAUCGCAACGUAGAAGCACACCCGGAACCGCUGGAGGAGUGGAGGAAUGUCGGUGGCCACAACUUGUUGGGGCUGCUGUACGGGAACGUGCACAAGUGGACCUUCCCGUUCCAGCACUACGUGCACCUGAGCCGCCUCAAGAUACAGAUCAGCCCGCCCUCGCACCCGGGGAUCACGGUCAAGAUGUUUGAGAGGUCAGUACAAAACAGCCGGCACUGUUUCGUAGAGAAUGCCAAGAAGCAGAACUACCUGGAAGAUGCGGAGUACCAGGUCCUGAUGACCUGGUUCGAUUACUCCGAGAAGAAUCUUGACAUCAGCCUGGAUCUCAUUGUGUACCUGCGAACGACGCCUCAGGUGGUGUACGACCGCAUGAUGAAGCGCGCGCGCGCCGAGGAGGCCGAGGUACCGCUCCAGUACUUGCAGGAGGUGCACGACUCAUACGAGAAGUGGCUGAGCUCGGGCUCCGUAGGCUGCGAGGUGCUCACCAUCGACGCGGACCGCGGCCUCGAGCGCGUGGUGGAGGACCUGGAGCGCUACUCCUACAAGAUCCUGGGCGGGAACCACACCAACUGACACCGGGAAAACUUACUCACUAAACAGAGUAACGUCGCCAUCUACAUUAACUAAGUUGGCUCAGCAACUCAAAGAGUGUCUUGAAAUCUGAAAGAGCAUGCAAAUAAUGACGAUUAUGACUGCUAUGUAUAGUUACCUCGCAUUAACUAAUUUAUAAGUAUUUUAAGUAAUUGACUGAGUAGUAAUAAUAAUGAAAUGUUGCCUUAUUGAUAUACUUAUUGUUGACCAAUAAUUUGGCAAGCUGUCUUUCAAAGUGGAAUUUGUUUUAAUUUAGUAUAAACAUAUUGUAAUGAAUGACUUGCCUUGCAAAUGAUAACG